AUGCGCUACACAUGUACCUUUCCAAACGAAAACAUCAAAAGUCAUCUACUACGUGUAUAAAUGUACGUGAACCUGCUCAAGAUACUACAUAUUGUAAUGACAAAAUUCGAACCUACUGAACAGAAAUAUUAUAAACCAAUCUCAGGAGACUAAGUAGGACUUAAAGCCUGACCAUGGUGAACACACCUAUUCCACAUAGUCUCAAGUCCGAAGCCAAGAAAGCAGCAAAGAUCCUGAGAGAGUUCACGAUACCAAAUGCUAAAGUUGGCCCAGACAAGCUCAUACCAUCUGGUUUAGUACUCAAUGCAGAAGGACUCGCAAUAUUGACUGUGUUUAAGGCUGGCUUCCUGGUCACAGCAAGGGGUGGAAGUGGAAUUGUCAUAGCCAAAUUACCAAAUGGAAAAUGGUCACCACCAUCAGCCAUCGCCCUAGCCGGGUUAGGAGGAGGGUUUGAAAUAGGAGCAGAGGUAACAGAUUUUGUCAUCAUCCUGAACAAACGUUCGGCUGUAGAUGCCUUUUCUAAAGGUGGCAACCUGACACUAGGAGGUAACUUCACAAUAGCAGCUGGUCCCCUGGGACGCAACUUGGAAGGAGAUGUUUCAGUCAGGAGCCCUGCUGCCAUCUAUACUUACUCCAAGACUAAAGGUCUCUUUGCUGGCAUCUCUGUGGAAGGUAGUGGACUGGUUGAGAGGAAAGAUGCAAAUAAGAAGUUUUACAAUGAAGAUAUACGUGCCUUUGAAAUCUUGCGAGGGGAUGUUCCAAGGCCCUCAGAAUGCAGUGAACUGUAUGAAGUACUGGAAAAACACAAGGAAAUGUUUGCCAAGGCAGCAAUGAGAUAUGCUAAGGACUAUGCUAAAAAGGAAGCAACAAAGGCAGCUGCAGGGAAAGGAAUGGCUAGUAAAAUUAAGGGCUUUAGUAUCAAGAAUCCUCUGUCCAAAUCUCCCUCUAAGUCGAGAAAGUCCAGCUCUGCGUCUAGAAGGUCUCAGUCUCCAAGUAAUUCCUAUGCAUCAGACAGCAGUGAUGAUGACAGUUACUCAGCUACUGACAAAUACGGAGGAAGUGGACGAGGAUAUUUUGAAGAACCAAUUAAUUUGCCCUCCAGUAGGCCAAGCUACAGUCCACCCAAGAAAGGUUACAGCCCACCGUCUCAUAAGUUUUACAAUGAAGAUAUACGUGCCUUUGAAAUCUUGCGAGGGGAUGUUCCAAGGCCCUCAGAAUGCAGUGAACUGUAUGAAGUACUGGAAAAACACAAGGAAAUGUUUGCCAAGGCAGCAAUGAGAUAUGCUAAGGACUAUGCUAAAAAGGAAGCAACAAAGGCAGCUGCAGGGAAAGGAAUGGCUAGUAAAAUUAAGGGCUUUAGUAUCAAGAAUCCUCUGUCCAAAUCUCCCUCUAAGUCGAGAAAGUCCAGCUCUGCGUCUAGAAGGUCUCAGUCUCCAAGUAAUUCCUAUGCAUCAGACAGCAGUGAUGAUGACAGUUACUCAGCUACUGACAAAUACGGAGGAAGUGGACGAGGAUAUUUUGAAGAACCAAUUAAUUUGCCCUCCAGUAGGCCAAGCUACAGUCCACCCAAGAAAGGUUACAGCCCACCGUCUCAUAAGAAGGCGUCGUCUAAACCCUCCUGGAGGUCACAAUCAGUGAAGGUCACAAAAACGACUACCUCUAAGACUGUGGUCACUAAACAUAAAGGUACUCAUGAUGCUCCAGAUUGGGAUGCCCCACUGAAGGCUAAGGCAUUAUGGGCCUUUUCUGCCAUCAAACCAUGUGAUCUGACUUUUGCAAAAGGAGAAGAGAUAGUGGUCCUGACCAGGACAGACACCCAGGAGGACUGGUGGGAGGGCUCCAUUCAUGGCAAAACUGGGAUUUUUCCUGCAAAUUAUGUCCAAGUUCUUUGAAAGAGAAAAAAAACUGACAAAUGAGGGAGCCUAUGGUUUUGAGUGGAAUACACAAUAUUUCAAGUUAUCCGAGAGAAGGUGUUUGAAAAAGGUGGUUGAAUUACUUGUUGUGUGCCCUUUUAAGUUGGAAAUAUUUUAAAGUGACUUGUACGUGUUGUGUUAGGUAAGAUGGUGAUUUGUAUUGCAGGAUAUUAAAAUCACAAACUGUUAAAAGAGCACCGUCUCAAGGGAAGUGUACACUCCUUUCAGAGAGUGUAUAUAUUUAUCGUGAAUGGGUAGCUGUAACAAGCCAAUUUAUUUAGUAAUGAUCGUAGAGUGAUACAGAUGAUCUUAUUAAUCUGUAGUUAUUUGAUUAUUGGUGCAUAAUGGUGUAAUAUAUUGUUUGAACUAGGUGCUUAGAAAAUUGAGCAUACAUGUUUAUUUCUGUCCAGUGCUGAGCAUUCUUUAUCUAAUGGUUGUAGAAUAAUUCAGGUAGGGUUCCAGCUGGCCUGGUAACUUUUUCAGAUGAUGUAUUAGUACUUUGUACUAAUCUUGAAUUUCAUUGUCAUGGUCUUUGUCUGGACGGGAUCCAGGAACUAGAACUUUUUUCAUAAUUUUUGUAUUGAUUAACACAAUUGUAGAAAUAAAGAAUUGUGUCUGAAGAAUAGAAUAAAC